AGGACAGAGUCCUGGUGUCAUUUCAUAAAACAGUAUCUGUUACAGACAAGGGAACUAAAUAUAUUCUGAGCCGGACAACGACAUGCACAUGUAAAUCUCACAGACAUCGGCUCACUCUAGAGAAUCUCCAGUUGGACACUGUAUUUCUUUCAGCUGUUAACUAAUCCUGAUUGUUUUUCUGUGGCAGGAUUCAGUUCUGCGCAAGAAGGAAAUCACUGAGUGCGGAUUACUAAUGACCGUUUAUGUACGAACCAUGGCAUGGAAUGUGACCUAAACAUCUAAAAUGAGUGUGUACUAAAGAGAGGCAGAGUUUGGACAUCGACACUGCCUGCCUCUUGAGGGCAGAUUUUUGUUAUUUAAGGUCAUGGGACUGUCAGAUAAAGCCGUGAUUGGCCGAGGCCUCAAUAGUCCUGACCAAUUAGUGCGUGAGGCCUACCUGAUGGCAUAUGACUAUAUCAACUAUGUGACAGCCAAACCAGGCGUCCCGGUGGGUCCAGCACCAUCCCGUGCCACGGCCGCCCUGCGCCACGCUGGAGAUGAGCUGCUCACUCGCUUCCCCAUCUUCUUUCGCCGCUGGCCACGUGUUUUCCAGGACGUGACAGACCGAACAGCCUGCUCAACCCUCGUUUCCAUUCUGGACGAGCACUUUGCACCCACACGACGUAGAGAUCUCGCCUGGAGCGCCGUGCUGUCCGUGUUUGUUCUCUCUGGACAGCUGGCAUUGCACUGCGAGGAGAAGGGCAUGUCUGAUAUCCUGCCUCAGAUUCAGGAGUGCGUGGGCAGCUACGUAGAGAGGGUCAUCUGCCCAGAGAUCAGAGACAGAGGAGGAUGGUCAGGUUUUAUCAGUCGGUUCGGCGAGAAGCAGAAUCUCGAGGACCAGGUGAUGAAGGUGUGCUGCUGGUCUCUGCUCCUGCUCGGUGUGGGGAUCUUAGCCUACUUCCUAUGGAGAAGAACAAUUUAGACAACUGCGACAUCUGCUGAGAAAAUGUAAUAAGGACAUUCAUGAUUCGCUUGGUUUGUGGUAAGAUUAAGUCAACCCAUUUAUUAGUUUUUAAGCUAUAAGCACAACUUGUUAAAUAAUAACUAGUAAAAAUAACCAAUCCCUUGUUAAUAAAUACCAUGUUAUCAACAUUUGUUUCCAGUUAAAACAGCUCUAAUUAUGCUGUGCUGGACAAAUAUAGUUAUAACUUAAUUUUACUGAAGCUAAUAUUCAUGUUAAAAUAAAAAUGAAAACAUUUUGACCGCACAUGCCUGAUAUGUUUCUCAUUACGUCUGAAACCCCUUGAUGUUAUUUGAUAUAGUUCUAAAAAAAUAAUAUUCCAUCAUUUCCUCACUCAUGUGUCAUUCCAAACUUGUAAGAUCAUACUUCCUUUGAACUUUUUCACAUUAUCGUCUCUUGUUCUAUAGGUUUGGAAAGACGUGAGAAUGAGUAAAGGAUUCUUAGAUGCUAAUUUUGUGUGUUAAAUACGUUUCUUGUUUUUAUUCGGUUUCAUUAUUAAAAUCUUAUACAUUAAAGUAUAUAGGAUGCAUGAUCAUCACUGUGUGAAUGAAAAACUGCCAAGCAGCCACCAUGUUUGAGAUUGUCCACAACUGUAAUAUAUAUAUAAAUACAUCAAAUUUAAUGUAACAUUUCUGUGCACUAUUGAACUCCCUUUUAUGAUAUUAGGUUCGAUAACUUCUAAAAUGGACAUAAAUUUUUCAACAUAAAAAAAAAAUCAGUUCAUUUUGUAUUCGUAGUAGAUAAAUAUACACAAUGUGAAAUGCAUAAACCAAUAUUUACAAAUUGCAUUAUUGUUUUAGGAUUUACAUAUAUGGAUGUUACAUAAUUAGUGACGGUUGAAACUUCAGACUGGUAAGGUAAUUAAGCGUUCUGCAUGAGAUCAGUUCAUUCAUGUGAUGUCUAGAGGCAAUCCCAACAGGUUUGACAAGGACAUGCCAGUGUAUGUGACCAGUGAAGAAUGAGGAUGGGUUCAAAUAAUUGGUUCAUUCAUAUC